AGUAUUCUUUUCAGUCCUCUGGCUAGACAUAGAAGCAUCUUUAGAAAAUAAGAUAAUGUAGAGAUUUUAUUUUGCUAUCAACCAAAUAAAUGUGUUGCAGUCGUAAUAAUUUUGUGCCAUCUUAGGAAACGAAGUUAUUAAUUGUUUUCCUUUCGCUGCGGGAGAGUGCUCCACCAACUUUUGAACUUAUCGAUCUUUCGGUGUUCCUAUUGGCUGAGGUGGUCGCGGGACUGGUGGAAGCAAAAAUCUGGAGCAUUGUUUGUGUACGGUAGCUACGAGAGGAGAGGAAUGGCUUCUGUAACGGCAAUUCGCGCACUGGUGCAGUUACAGUUAGCAAGUUAUCUACGUCCAUGAAGAAUAUUCUUCUGUUCUUUGUGUGGGGUCAGACGGUGAGAAAAAGACACUAAUGUCUGUAUGGCGUGGGGAAGCGGGAAUGCAGAGAUUGGGAAAAAGAACAGUAAGUUCGAAAGCUUUCUGAAGCGCAGCAUCUCCGAAGAAGCAUUCGAGCGGGUACGAGGAUACGAAUCCUGCAUCAUUGUAUCGGAGAAGGAAAAUAAGGCCUUUAAAUUUGUGGUUCUAAGUGACGAAUGGAUUUAUUUAACAGAAAACCCACCAAAGACGCUCCAAGAAGCCGUCCACCUGAAGGAUGUAACUUCGGUCGAGUUGGUGAGAGGAGAUUGAGGAAGACAUGUUGGAGGACAUCGAAGAGGACCGUCUGUCCAUCAUCCGGUCCGGGGAACCAUCACGGGCAGUGGGUAGGUUGGCGGGCAGCAGGCUCAACACAAGCAACGGUGACAGCUUUUCCAACAGUGGGGGUGGGGCUAGGCCGGUUCCGGGAUUAGGCAACACCUCUGACUCUGUCUCCAUACGUAGCUCCUCCCAGCAGUCGGUGAGGCCCCUCCCACCCUUGCCGCGGACUGGUGCGUUUGAGACAGAGGCGAAGCCUAGUUUCAGUGAGGCGGAGAUGCAGAAGCUGUUGGGCUCCACGGAGGUGAAGGAGGUGGAAAAGGUGGACUCCAAGGGCUGCUGUCACUUCUUCAAGUGUUGUAGAGGACAGAAAAAUCAGGUGGCUCCGAUCUGCAAAAACACUCUAACCAAAAACAACUCGGAGUCGGACCACCUGGACUCCAAGCUCGACCCGCUACAACAGCUGCAGACCGGCUCAUCCUUCGGUGGUAGCCAGCUGUCCACCACCCUGGGAGGCCAGCCGUACAGCCGGAACUCCUCGCUCAAGGGGUCAAGAUCCGGGACACCUCUGCUGGAGGCGGACCGGAACAUUAACGAACUGAACACCUCGUCCACCGACUUGGGCCGGGCUGCCUCCUUCAUGGGUUUCAACACACUCUCUGUGGAUGGAAUGAUGGAGCGGAGGAAGUGUGUGCUCAACAUAUACCUCCUCAACCUCACUUCGCCUUUCCUCAUGCUGCUCAAAAGUGCCUGGAGCAAUUACGUCAUUAGAUCCACGUUAGCUCUGGAGCCAGAGCACAUCGAGAUCACGACACUGCCCGACGCCAUGUCUGUACAGUCCAGCGAACAGACUUGGAGGGACAAAAUAGAACGUCGCUACAACAAGAUGAAGAGAGACUUGUUCCAGCCUGGCCAGGGUCUAGAGACCCAGUUCUCUCUGGUCGACGAGCUGCUCACCGCUGUCCAGGCAAACUUUAUGCUCAAGAAACUUUUCUGGAGGAACCCGGAUGUCUUCAGCUUCAUGAUAUUACAGCUCCAGAAGUUCUUGCCUGGGUCUUCUGCACCCCUGAGCACAGAGGAAGGGAAAGCACAGAGGGCAGAUGAGCUGGAAUUCGUCAUCUUACUCCUGUCUACGAUUAACGUCAUGUUUCGGGAGUCGGAGACUCUACCAUCUCGUAUGCAAACACUGAGGCUGGAGAGUGGCAAGAUGGUCACGGAACUGCUGAAGAUCCUGAUGUGUCAGCCGGAUAUCCCAUACCGACCUCUGACCCUCACCAAACACUGGUCUGCCCCUUUUGCUGGCUCCAAGCAGGGUGCGUCAGAGAAGAACCUGGAUGAGGAGCUGUCACGUUUAAAGACGGAGUACAUCAGGACGGCUAUUGCUUCCAUGUUUGAGCUGUUUCUGGUUGCCAAGCAGGCCUCGAGUGAUGAGAUGGAGAUUCUGACCAUCACGGGGAUGACUACUUUGUUCAAGGAGGAAAAGACCGCUGAGAAAUUUGUUGACCGGUUACUGGCCCAGAUUAUGGAGCUGGUUUCUCUGUCUCGGUUUGACCAGCUGACCCCCGCCCACGCCAUCCAGGUGUUCCAGAUGUUCUCUCUGCUGCUGGUAUUCCUGGAGCAGAACAAGGCUGUGGUGACACACGUACGCAACCACUACUAUGAGGAAUUCAAGUACUUCAUCCAGGCCCCAGCAGUGUCCAGGAAGCUCCCGGUCCAGUACCCAAUCACAGCCACCGCUGUGUCCGUCAUCGACCAAGUGGUCGUGAAAGUGUUGGGAAAUCAGUCCAUCCGAGCAUCUUGAUCUUUAUACGUUUUUUAAAAAAAAUUCUUAGGCCUUACAAAGUGAGGAUGGUUGUGAAAGAUUGUAUGUUAUAUAAUGGGUCUCUCCACUGUUCGUGAUAUGAAGCGAAGGUAUCUGUGACUGUGCAUGUGGCAGCAAAAAGAAGGUUGCGUGUAAGAUGACUAUUUUUACAGACAUAAAAUAAAAGAAAGAAUUAGAGGCAAAUAAUGUGCCAGAAGUAUUUUUAUUUCAGAAAUGAAACUAAAUUUCUUCAUCAUCAUGGGUAGUGAUGUUUGUUAUUGUGUGUUGGUUGCAGCGGAUGCAUUUUCAGGGAGUGAGCCAUAGUGUGUAUUAUAUAUGAUCUUUGCAAUUAUUUGUUCAGUUGUUUAUGGGGCAAUGGCUACAUUGCAACCGGUUUUCUCCAUGUCCGCUCUACUGGUUCAGAAAGACGUGUAUUAUAGGUCGUUCAGCCUCAGCUGCCCACACCUAAGAGCAAAUCAUCGCGAAGUCCUCUGUUUGAUUGCUUUGAAAUUUUCCAUAUAAUUUUAGAUAUUACUGGACGUUACAGAUUAUAAAUUUUGUGGUUGAGAAACCUUUACAAGUUAGGUUCCGACAGGGUUCCUUUGAUUUUCACCGAAACUAUGUCAGAUUUAUAAUAGAAGUUUUACAAUAAAAGUAACAUACGAUGACACAGAGAAAAUGUCUGGUUUUCGUUGCAACACACCAACUUUUACAAAGCAGGGGCGGAACUCGUAGGAAAUGUAUGGAUGACAAGAAAGUCACCAGGACCAAGGUGAACGAGUCCAGACAAACGAAACGUAAAUGACUUUCCAAGGGCAUAAAAAUAAUAUUUUGGUUACAAUGGACAGCUAACACUUUUAAGUUUUAAAAAGAUAAAAACUCACCUGAAAAGGAGAGGAGUCAUUGAUCGUCCUCAGAAUCGGACCCAAAGGGAUAGAUAACCGUCUUUUGUUGAAUAAAUCCAUACCCGUCAGUUUUCCAAUAAUUGUUCUCUUCUGCCAUGACGUGUUCAACACAUUUCUUCCAGUAGUGUCUGUCUACGUCAAAUAUAGCAUUCGUCGUCAAUGUCUUAUGAUGUCCGCUAUUUUGAAAGUCAUAUUUUUGUCAGAGACAUCGUGUUUAAUCCUUGGCCAAACCAACUCAAUAGGGUUUAAAUGGGAAUGGUACGGUGGAAGUCUCAGGCUCGUGUGUCCAUG